CAAAUCCUAUGAAGAAACACUGAGCCACUGAGGGGAGGAGUGAAAACUGCUGCUCUGUAUAGUUUAUGUGACAGCACAGUGAAUGAGCGCUCAGCACACUGGAGAGAUUUGAGGCUCCAGCGCAGAUCUGUAGGUGUAGUCUCACUUUUACCUGAGCUUCACUGUGCAGCUGAUCUCUCAAGGUUCUCGGCAGAAGCAAGGCAGAAGAAAAUAACUGAGACUUCUAGCAGCUAAUUUUGGUUCUGUGUCUCAGCGUGAACCCCUCAGUUUCCUACUCAUCUGUUCUAAGGUGUCAACAUGCUGAAGCAGGUUCUGUCAUUCAGCCGCUCCUUGGUGCGAAGGAAAGUGGUCGACCUAAACAGCCUGGAAGACUCCAAGCUCUGCCGCUGCUUGGGAACCCUUGACCUUAUUGCUCUGGGAGUGGGCAGCACUCUGGGGGCUGGUGUGUACGUACUGGCUGGAGAGGUGGCCAAGGGAGACUCCGGUCCCAGCAUCGUCAUCUCCUUCCUAAUCGCCGCCAUGGCCUCUGUCAUGGCCGGCCUGUGCUAUGCCGAGUUUGGCGCCCGAGUCCCUAAGACCGGCUCCGCUUACCUUUACAGCUAUGUCACUGUAGGCGAGAUUUGGGCCUUCAUCACUGGUUGGAAUCUAAUCCUUUCUUAUGUGAUCGGCACCUCCUCAGUUGCCAGAGCAUGGAGCGGCACAUUCGAUGAAAUGAUAGGAGGACACAUAGAGAUAUUCUGUAAAACCCACUUCAGCAUGAAUUCUCCCGGUUUGGCCCAGUACCCUGACUUCUUUGCGGUCUGCCUGAUUCUGCUGCUCUCUGGACUUCUGUCCUUUGGAGUGAAGGAGUCAGCCUGGGUCAAUAAAGUCUUCACAUCGAUCAAUGUGCUCGUGCUCUUGUUCGUUAUCAUCUCUGGCUUUGUCAAAGGAGACGCAUACAACUGGAAGAUAACCGAAGACUCCCUUAUAAAUGUCACCAUAGCUACAAGGAACCUGUCCGUGACAGCCAAUGUGAGCAGCGAUUAUGGCGUUGGAGGAUUCAUGCCCUAUGGUUUCAGUGGGACCUUAGCAGGAGCUGCCACCUGCUUUUAUGCUUUUGUUGGCUUUGACUGCAUUGCAACAACAGGUGAGGAGGUCAAAAACCCUCAGAGGGCCAUUCCCACUGGCAUCGUGGUGUCACUGACCGUGUGCUUCUUGGCAUACUUUGGCGUGUCAGCUGCCCUCACGCUGAUGAUGCCCUACUACCUACUGGACGAAAAAAGUCCCCUGCCUAUGGCAUUUGAAUAUGUGGGUUGGGGCCCUGCGAAGUAUGUGGUGGCUGUGGGUUCACUAUGCGCCCUAUCCACAAGUCUGCUGGGCUCCAUUUUCCCUAUGCCUCGUGUAAUCUAUGCUAUGGCAGAGGAUGGGGUGCUUUUCAAAGCCUUAGCCCGAAUCAAUCCUAAGACGAAGACCCCACUUAUUGCCACUAUGAGCUCCGGUGUAGUUGCAGCCAUCAUGGCUUUCCUGUUUGACCUCAAAGCCCUGGUGGACAUGAUGUCCAUUGGAACUCUGCUGGCCUAUUCGCUGGUUGCUGUGUGUGUACUGCUUCUCAGGUAUCAGCCAGAUGGAGCUCUGGAGCGGCAGGCAAGUAAAGGUGAGAGGGAUUGCCUCGCGUCUGAAGAGGGCGAGUCAGACUUGACAGAGUCAGAGUCCCACCUCAACAUGCUAAAGGGAGGCAGCUCCACACUGCAGACUAUUCUACACCCUCCCGAGACACCUUCCGAGCGUUCGUCCAGUGUUGUCAACAUGUCCACUGGCGUUCUAGUGUUGGUGGUGUGUGUGAUCAGCUAUCUCACCACAUACCACAUCAACUCCGUUUUGGGUUUGGAAGUGUGGAUCCUGGCCUCGCUGUCCGUGUGUCUGCUUGUCUUCAGCAGCUGCAUCUUUAUGGUCAUCAGGCAGCCUCAGACUAAGAAGAAGGUCUCCUUCAUGGUACCUCUUCUGCCUUUUCUGCCAAUUUUAAGCAUAUUUGUCAACAUUUACCUGAUGGUUCAGCUGAGUGGAGACACCUGGAUACGUUUCUCUGUGUGGAUGGCUGCUGGCUUCCUGAUCUACUUUGGGUAUGGCGUGUGGCACAGUGUAGAGCGUCAGCGCCAGCUCCAGCUUCAAAGUGGCACGGCACAGGAAAACACCAGGAGCAACCAGGAGAAGCGUGACAAUGUGGAUGCAGAAGGAAAGGAACAGGAGUCUUUCAUCUGCUCAGAAAAGACCAGCCAGUGUUAAAGGCUGCCGGCUCCUUCACAGACUGUGUGAGGGAACAGAUGCAUAAAAGCACACAGCAGCUAUUCCUGGAUGAGCCUGUAUAUACAGCUUCACCGUGUGUGCUUCACAAGCACAUUCAGUCUGCAAAGGCAGCAUCAGUAUUACGUAUCAGUGGCACAUGAUGAGGAAUCGCUCUAUGACUGGGAUGAGACCACAUCCCAUGAGUCACAUUUGUGGACAAGCAUGGAGGGAGAACGGACAGGUAACACACUGGAGAGUGAUUUUCAUUUAUUUUAGCGUUGAAACAGUCAGUGCAAGGCUGCAGAGAAGCUUUUCCAUACACUGACAGGUUUGUACAGGUAAGGUAUCAAUGUAAAGUUCAAUGUAGAGUUUGAUACACCAGUAGCUUAGUGCAGCAUUUGGUUGUUAGCCCUUUCGGAUGAUCAUUACAUAUAUAAUUCUACUAGCUGUGUAUAAAUCAUUAUCACAAGACUUUCAGAGAAAUGUACAAUGUGUGAAAUAGUUUUGUAGACACAUAACAUGUCCUGACGUGACUCACCUGAAAGCACGCCAAUUGUUGGUGGUAGUUUUCAGCCAUGUGUAGGUAUUAUGUAACAACCCAUAGAAACCUCUGUUACAAGUAGUGAGAUCUCUGUAACUGUUGCUGUGGUCUUAUUUAACAGGUUCCCCCUGGAGUUUGUUGACCUUGUUACUACAUAAAUAAAAAGAUAGUUAUUUGAUGCAGAGCUCUCACUCUAUCACAUAUAUUUUCCUGUUUGUCUGAUAUUUUGCGAUAUUUUGAUGUAGACAUGCUGUUAAUAUAAGCUUCAUGAAAAUGUCCUCUGUCAUCGCUGCCUAACAAAGUAUUCCUGUAUAUAAAGUAAGCUCCUCAUUCCUCAUGUAUAUAUGUAUUUUUUAAACGGUUUGUAACUGGUUUCAAGAGAUUUUGUGUGGUUGUAUUCAUUCCUCUUGGCUUUUAAGGACUGCUGGUGUUUUCCUUGGAGUUUAUUUUUCCAUAGAGCAUUGAAGCUGUGGUUCAUCGAUGUGCUCCGUGGUCUAAAAACUGUGAAACAAAUUCAGCAGGUGUUAGUAAGGUGUUCUGCUACAAAGAAGCUCUACACUGACGUGCAGAUGACUGCAAUAAGGGUACAGGAUGAAGAACGUACUGCAGAAGAUGCUGUAAUGGAGUGUCACACCAACUGCACAAAUACAAUAAAAUAAAAUGUAUUUUCCGGUAA